GAUGAGGAUGAGGACGGUGAUGGCUGAGGGACGAAGAGCCGAGAGAGUGUGCUAUAGAAAUGGAAGUGCACCAGCUGACGAGUCGCCCUUAUUCGCUUCGCCCCCAGUCACUCGAUACACGUUAGACGGAAGCGUCGUCGUUGGCUCUCGACUUUAAACUAUUUUAUUAUUAUUAUUUUUUUCCUUAACGCUGCUGCCGUUACUUAUUUUUACACCCGACCCUCCGAUCCUUGUACUCGACACUCGACGCUUGGUAGCCCCUACGGGCACGCGUCCUCACCCCGUGUCAAGCUUACCAUUCACUUCAAGUCUUACGUCCUUCCACUUCUUUUCUCGAUACUUUUUUUUUAUUCUUGACCCUUCUUCAUCUGGGUAUUAGUUCUUCCCAGUAUACAGCUUGCACUUGCACCUACUCAACACCUGACACCAACACUCUCCCACCAUCACCAUCACCAUCACCAUCACCAUCCGCAUCCACAUCCAACAUAAGCUCGCUUGCUCCUUAUUGCGAGUGUAGUCUGCACAGUAGCACAGUAUUAGCCGACCAUAAGACUUAAAUCCACAAGUUCACACCCGCGACCGUGGACGUCCUCGAUGCACUUUAUGAUCACCCAGAGCUCCAGAUGUUGGUGAGAUAUCAUCUCGUAACCCUUGACGUUAUCAUACAACACGCGGUUAUUUGAAUAUAUUUUAAUUUACAUUAAAAAUAAUAUUUGAAUAUUUAAAUAUUUUGUAUCUAGAGCCGUAUUUUUUAUUUUUAUUUUUAAAACUUUUUUACUAUUUUAUUUGUAUGCGCGACUUGUAGCUAUUAAUACUCUUGCGUGAUUGACCGCACUAUCCCGAUCUAUAUCUACGUGUGAUUUAUUAAUCAAUGUGGAUUUUCUUUACGUUAAAUCGACGGACUUUUGCUGGAGCAAAUCAAAGAAAAGAUUUACGAUAAUUGCGGUAAAAGUAUACAUUAAAUAAAUAAUAAAAGUAAAAAUAUAAAUAAAAAAUAAAAUAUUGGUAAAAAAGAAGAAAAAAAAAUAAUAAUGUAAAUGGAUAGUCGGAGGCAAAGUGAAAAAACUUUUACGGCGAUUUAAUGUUAAACUUUAAUGCUGUCUCCAGUUUUCACUGGCAAUUAAUUCGGAUCGGGUAAGUUAAUUAAAUUAGUUUUAUAAUCGGGUUCUGCAAGUGUCUAUUCUCACAUGCAACCGUUCUCUCUUAAACCGUUCAGUCAUUUUAAAAAAACUUUUAUCAUUAUUUUAUAUUCACUGUCUGUGUUUUAUUUAAAAAGACAAACAAAGAACUCUUUGGUAAGUUUUAUCUCGUUACCGAGUUACUCCACGGGCACAUUGUUUUUACAGCCCGACUAUGGAGUAAGUGAGUGAGUGGGUGAGUAAGUGAGUAAGCUUGAGGGAUUGACGGUCUGAAUAAUAGUUAUACAUAUAUAUAUAUAUAUAUAUAUAUAUAUAGUUGUUGAGGGAUGAAGAGAAAAGAAAUUGAACGUCUACGUGGUUCGACUACUUCAGCAGCUCCAAGAAAAGAGUUAUAGUAGACUAUGGACGACAGACAAAGACUCAAGAAAACGUGAUACGUCCGUCGCUUAGUCGUUAACAAAAAAUGCUCGUCAAAGUCUUACCCCAGUUCGUCUUAUAAGUAUUGGUGCUGGUGAUGAUGACUACGACUGCUACGGAAAAUACCAAAACACCAAUAACGAGGCGAAGCAGCAGUAUCUGUAAAUUUAAUCGACGCACGUCAACUUUGUCAUCAUCAAAACCCGAUCCAGCUUUUCAAAUACAUGACAUUAACUGCCAGGUGGCUCAGUUCCGAGAUCUGCUGAUUAACAUCGGGCAGCCUCGGGAUGGUCCAGAGCUUCGAGAACGGGUCCGCAAGCUGCGACGGAACUGCGUCGAGUCCUGCAAGUCCACUUCCCAAUUGGUCUUACCCCAAAUGCGUAGUGCGAUCGACCUUGGCAUACCUGCAGACAGCCCGAACUUGGUGCUUCUCUUCUUCGUGGCCCAGCUUUUCUUGAGAGAGCUUUUCAAAUGCAAAAAUCUUGUCCGUAUUGUUCCGAUGGAUAUGUCUGGUUACUAUGCCAGCAAAUCGGGACCAUCAAACAUUGGAAAUGUGAUUUCAUCGAUUCUACUAUGCAAGCAGAUUACUCCGAAUUUCAAUGAAGAGGAACUUUGCAGUAUCCGUAAAGACUCGGCGGAAAUAAGCGCUCUCGUUGCUGAGCUUCAAGAAUUCAUGCCGCAAUCAGAGGCUGAUGUAGAAAGAACAAUUGCUCUACAAGAUUGCUGUGCAGGCACAGCUCGUAAUAACGGGGCCCGUAAAGGCAACAGGUGGGACAAUAGAACCGGAAAUCCAAAUUACUUCGGUGGCAGCUUCAACUUCCUCUGCUGUGCCUCGAGACCUAAUUACGUUUGAACCUGCGCGACAGCGGGAAAUAAUUUAAAGAUAAUAAACAAAUAACAAAAUAAACGGGCCUGUAUAUAAAAAAAAAAAAAAAAUAGAGUAGAGUAAAAUAAAAGAGAAAAAACUUUAGGCUUUUUGUCGAGCAACUCUAGGUGAUAAUUAUAAAAUAAUAGAUGAGUAUAUAAAUAUAUGUAUAUUUAUUUUGAAAGUUGUUGAUAACUUUUUAUUAGAUAAAAUAUUGUCUGAGAAUAAAAGUGUGGCUGCCGUCUUAGCCAGCGCCUGAAAAGCGACAUAGUUUUUUUAGUGAUAGUCGUAUCGUAGAUGUAGAGAUCGUGCUGGUGGUAGUGAUGGUACCAAUGAUAAAAUAUUUAUGCAGAGAGAAAGGAAUCGCAUAAAUCAUGCAAAAAGGCUUUUCUUCAUCAAGCCAGAUGAGAGAGUUCUGUUUCGCCCAACGGUGAACGUUACCGACUAUUCAAAAAACCUCGAGCUAGUCGUGUAGAAUAUUCCAGUAGUUUAGGAACAAAAAAUACGACAGGAAUAAAGUUAUAUAUAUAUACAUACAUAUAUAGAUGUAUAUAUUAUAAAAACGUGACGAAAAAUAUAAUAAUGAUAUUAAUGAAUUCAAAAAUCAGCGGACGAUCGAUAGCGGCAUUAUGAGUGCCGAUGAUAAAUAUAUAUAUAGAUAUAGAUGUAUAUAUAUAUAUAUAUUUAUUAUUUUAUAUUUAUGAGACAAGCCGACAAUUAUUGCAGUAUAAUUAUAAUUAAAAAAAUAACACACAUAUUUU